UUCACCAUGGGGAAGCACACAGUUACAGACGCCAGCAGUGCUCUUCCAGAAGAAGAGUUUGAAAAGCAUGUUCUUGAAAUCCAGAAGGUUUGGAAUACUUCAGCAAGCAGUAGCUCACAUGUAGAUAUGCUGCUUAGGGAAUCCUACUGCAACAGAAGACAAUGGUUGCCAUAUCUACCAAAUGGAAAAUUGGCACCAAUACUGGAGAAAUUCCCAUGUUUUCAAGAGUCAAGCUAUGUACUGCGUGAAGUGGAACGCAUGUUGCUAUGUGAAAUAUCAACAUGGAAAGACAGAUUGGAGAAAAUUGUAGAGACUCUGAGUGAUCAAGUACCUUCUAGUACACGUAACAAUGAUGGAAGUGUUUAUUUUCUUGUAAAUGUGUCAGUUUAUUGGGUACGUGACUAUACACUUGCCCCAUCUGGCAUGUUUUCUAUAUAAGAAUACAUUUACGAAUUUUU